CUUUGAUUGGUCGACUCGAUGUUCGAUUCGAAGCUCACAGCUACCCUCAAUGAUGUCAUCCUGGGCCACCAUGUUCAAGACUGGACGUAGUCGUUGUGCACCCCAUAGCCUGUAUUUCAUCCUCUUUCUUCACUAUCAUCACGCGAACUAUCAUGCCUGACAUCGUCACUUCCAACAUCCCUGAGCGUAUCGGGCGCGCAAACCAAGUCGACCCUGGUAUCCUCAACUUCCUCAAGGCGAACAACCUCAGACUUGGCGGCAAAGAACCCUUCACUGACGAGCGCCGUCAUCACACAGAGGUGUUGGCUGUCGAACCACCUCAACACCUCGUCCAUGUCCGCGUUGAGCCGCUCAUCGUCCGAGGACCAGUCGGUGACUUCAACGUCAGAUGCUACCAUCCCUCCGACAAGAAGGGUGCCGCGUUCAUCUAUAUCCACGGUGGAGGGUGGACAGUCGGCAGUCUGCCCGAGUUCGACACCUUUUUCCGCAUCAUGGCAGAGGAAAGCGGCGUCCAGGUGUACGCCAUCGAAUACCACCUCGCGCCCGAACAUAAGGUAGAGCAAUAUUUUCUUUUCGAAGCGACCCUUCGCUGGCUCCACCAGAACGCUUCCAACCGCAGCGUCGACCCCAACCGUAUCUCCGUCGGAGGUGAUAGUGCGGGUGGAAAUAUGGCUGCUGUUACGGCUCUUCGGAUGCGCGAACUCAAAGGCCCCAAGAUCGCGCUCCAGGUUCUUAUCUACCCAGAGGCAAAGGUGCCCUUCGAGACCCUCGCUGGCGCUGAGAACUGCACCGGUCUCUACCUCGAGACUCAAGGCGUUCUCUUGUUCGCUUGGAAUGUACUUCCUCAGGGCAAGAACCACACCGACUAUGAUAUCACGCCUCUGUUGGCCGACAAGACGUUGCCCGAAGGACACAGAAAUCUCCCGAAGGCUUUCAUUAUCACGAACGGCUUCGACCCUUUGCGUGAUACCGGCUUCGAGUAUGCCAAGAAGCUGAAGGCUGCUGGAAACGAAGUUCUAUACGUUAACCACGAGGAUUUGACUCACGGCUUUAUCCAAUUCACCAAAUGGAGCAAGCGCGCGAUGGAAGAAACCGUUGAGCUCGCCAGAACUGUAGGAAAGGAGUUGGCAAAUUGAGGACGAUAAGCUUCGCUUUCCUCUGGGCUCUUGCAUGCAUGUCACUUCCCGUUAGCAGCCAUUACAAGCCGUUGUCUCAUUUGCUGCAUGAUUAGGAACGAGUAGCAGUUAUCGUAAUUGAUUUCCCACGUCGCCGCGGCCCCGUGCCCCCAUCCCAGUUCCACUCGCAUCACAUUCAUGCCCCGGAACCAGCAUAGGCCCCGGCCAUGCGUAUCCCGAUUCCCCGUGUCAUUCCUUAGUGAUGAUUGCGUGACGGGCUCAGAGUCGCUGACAUCAUUAUCAGUGCGUCUAGCGGAUUGCCCGUAUAUAAGGGAGCCAAGCCCUCGCGUCAGUCUCGACUGUCAUCAGUUAGCAAUCAUGUCAAUGUCCGCCGCUGAGAAAGAGUACACUGGCGGCUGUCACUGCAAGAAGUUCCGCUACAAGCUUACGCACCCGGAGUUUGAGAACGGAGAGCGCGAAGUCGAGGCUUGCACCUGCAGCCUUUGCACGCAGAAGGGAGCGAUCUGGUCGUACGUCCGACGCACU